UCUAAUUCCUAUAGCUUCAAAAUUUAAAGCUAUUCUUCACUUUCAAGCUUGAUAAACUAUAUUUGAAUGUAAUAAUAUGCUGCAGUUUAAUAAUUUUUCUCCAUAAAUUUAGUAAUCAAUAUAAUUAUUAAAUUGAGUAAUUUAUACUUUUAUUUUUAGUUCUUUUAAGUAAACUUUAUUUUAUUGCUAUCUUUUUUCAACAUAAGUUUUAAUUUAUCCCCAGGCAAAAAUUAAUAGGGUUUAAGCUGGAUACAAUGGGAAUACUUAAUUCUAAUUUCUGUAAAAACGCUAUUCUUUUAUUUAAUCUGCUCUCAUGAAGUAUUGUCAUGUUAAAAAAUUCACUUAUUUUAAUCAUAAAUACAAUUUGGAACAUAGGGAACAAACUCUUUUAAUAGUUGAAUGUAAUGCAUGUGAUUAAUGUUUCAUUAAAAGAUAUAAAUCUUAUUCUUUAUUUCCUUUAUAUAUUUUCUCGCAUCAUUAAAGCAUAAUCAGGAUUUGCUUUUGGUUUUUAAUAAUAAGGUCCUUUUUUAAAAAAAUAUUUUUUUAAGUAGAUAUACAUAUUCAAAACAAAAUUUUAAUUAAAUUGAUCUUCUAAACUGC